AUGGCGACCGCACGAUCCAACGGCCGGACCCAUCCCCUCAAGAAACCCAGCGGACAUCGCCCGCCGGUGCCGAGAUGGACGCUGAAACUGCCCGACGGCGUCUCGCGCAUCCACACGAUCUACGUCGGGGUCCAGUCCCACAGCAGCAGCAGCGGGGCCGCCGGAGCGUCCAGGGCGGGCGAGGACGCGAUCGCCGCGAUCCUCGCCGGGAGCCGCGCCGCCGCGACCGACACGUUCCGCGUGACGCACGGCUUCGACCUCGCGGGCGCCCGGGUGUGGGCGGCAUACUUCACGGACGGGGGCGGCUACGAGGCCGCGCUCGAGGAGCUCGACCUCGUCCGGGUCUGGGGCGGGCUGGGCGCGGACAAAGCCCAGGUCGGGCUGUGGCUGGAGACCUUCUCGGCGCCCGCCGCCCGGCUCGAGACCAACUACUCCCGGCUCGAGCACCGGCCGGGCCUGGCGCGACUCCCGGGCGCCGAGCAGCCGGCGCACGAACUCACCGCGUACUGGGGCGCCGGGCGCGACCGCAUCCCGGCGUCUGCCCACGACCUCUUCCCUCCUCCCCCGGAGGGGAAUCUCCCGAAGCGUCCGGCUCCGCCCCCGGAGGGGCUCGGACAGAGAGUUCACGGGCGCAACCGCUUCGACAACAUCUGCCACAUCCGGUCCGGGCAGCACUGGGCGGGCUGCGGCGAGGAGGAACGGCGGGCGUACGAAGGGGACCUCCAGGGGGCGCUGAUGGAGGGGAUGGAGUACCUGUGGUCGCACGCGGAGGAGACGGGGACGCUGGGGCUGCGGUUCCUGCGGAACCUCGACGACCAGGGCGAGAUGGUGCGCGAGACGUGCGGGGCGGGCUUCUUCCGGAACUGGGCGGAUCUGGAGCGGUGGUCGUCGCGGCACGCGUCGCAUCUGAGGAUCUUCAACGGGGCGAUGGCGCAUGCGAAGAGGUUCGGGGAGGGCAGGAGGCUGAUGACGUGGCAUGAGGUGUGCAUCCUGAAGGAGGGCGAGGGGAGGUUCGAGUACGUCAAUUGCGAUGGGGGGACGGGGGUGAUGCGAUGGGUGGAGUUGGAGGUGGAAGAUUUGCAAACGAAAUGA